CGCAACUUCGGCUUCAAUUCUGCCAGACCAGUCGCUGCAGCUAGUCCAGCUAUAUUAAUCUGCCAUUGACGAUGCGCGGCGCGUCCAACGCAUUCCUCUAGUCCACCCUACCACCCACAAUACACCACACCUCAAACCUCCGAACAGACCAACCUACAAACACUCACAUCCAACACACAAAUACAACCUCCAAAAUGCUCCGCCCAACCUCAACCUCAACCACCACCCUCCUCCGCACCCUCCGCGCCCUCACCACCUCCACAACAACCACCGCAACCCCCAAACGACACCACUCCUCCGUCUCCGCCAACGAACUCUCGCACUUCUCCUCCCUCGCCACAUCAUGGUGGGAUCCGCAAGGUCCCUCACGCGUCCUCCACCUCAUGAACCCCGUCCGCCACGACUUCAUCGCCUCCUGCCUCGCCGAAUCAACCCCGAUAAGCAGCACGACGCCAUCCUCACCCAUGGACCCCACCAACACCCACAACAGGAACAACCUCCGAUACCUCGAUAUCGGGUGCGGAGGGGGCAUCUUCGCCGAGUCACUAGCACGCACAAUCAUCCCAGCUACACCUGCAUCAGAAGGCACUAGUACUCUAACCCGCACCCGCGCCGCCAGCAUAACAGCCCUAGACCCCAGCCCAACGCUGAUCAAGAUCGCACGGGACCACGCGCGUCUCGACCCCUCGGUGCAAGCGCACCUGGAUAGCGGGCGGUUCAAGUACGUGAACGCAUCGCUGGAGGAGUUCAUCCCCACAUUACAGCCCGAGGAGAGAAGAUUCGACAUCGUGACUCUCUUCGAAGUACUCGAGCAUAUCGAUAAUAUCCCCGGGUCGAUCACACCGCAGAGUUUCCUGUCGAAUUGCUUGUCUAUGGUGAAGCCGGGCGGAUGGCUGAUUGGGUCGACGAUCGCGAGGACGUUCCCGUCGUGGUUGGUGAAUCAGGUGGUGGCGGAGGCGCCGUGGCCGAUUGGCGUGGUGCCGAGGGGGACGCAUGAGUGGAAGAAGUUUGUGAAUCCUGGGGAGUUGGAGGGGUGGGUGCAGGAGGGGUUGAUGAGGGGGGUGGAUGGGAGGGCUGUGAGGGGGGGUAGUGAGGCUUUGGAGGGGGCUAGGUGGAGGUGUGAAGGCGUGGUGUAUUUUCCUGGGUUGGGGUGGAAGUUGGUGAAGGGGUCGGAGAGUUGGGGGAAUUAUUUUUGGGCUGUUAGGAAGGGGGAGUGA